AUGACUUCGAGUUCUAUUAAUUUCGAAAUCAAACUAAAGCGGGAGAAUAAAGUAUACUAUGAAAAUGAUGUCCUGGUGGGUUGUGUACAAUUCUCCUGUCCCACGGAGGCUAAACAUGAUGGCAUAAUCUUAUCCCUCGAAGGCAUUGUAAAUCUCCAACUGAGUAACAGUAAAUCAGUUGGCCUGCUGGAUGCCUUUUCAAAUUCCCUUAAACCAAUUACCCUACUCAAUUCCACAAUUGAUUUAUCUGCUGCGGGAAAACUCAAUGCUGGCAUAUCGGAAUUUCAUUUCGAAUUCCCCCUAAAAUGUACCAAAGAACCUAAAGUGUUGUAUGAAACCUAUCACGGGAUGUAUAUUAAUAUCAACUAUCAAUUGAAAUGUGAUGUUAAGCGUAGCUUCUUGGCCAAAUCGCUACAAAAGACACAACAAUUUUGUAUACAAUAUAGACCGGCAGAGGAGCCGAUACCCCCUCCCAAAGAGGUGUGUUUUAGCAUCAGUCCCGAAAGUCUACAAAAGAAUAGUAAGGAACGUAUAACAAUGCCAAGAUUUCUGAUUACGGGGAAAUUAGAAAAAACCGAAUUUUGUAUAACCCAACCGUUGAGAGGAAGUUUAACUGUUCAACACACCGAAGCGGCCAUAAAAUCUAUAGAGUUGCAAUUGUUGCGUGUCGAGACAUGUGGUUGCAAGGAAGGUUAUGCCAAAGAUGCAACCGAAAUUCAAACUAUACAAAUCGUUGAUGGUAAUAUAUGCCCGAAAUUGGAGAUACCAAUUUAUAUGGUACUGCCGCGUUUGUUUUCAUGUCCCACACUGAUUACAAAGAAUUUUAAAAUUGAAUUUGAAGUGAAUCUGAUCAUUGUUUUCAAGGAUGAUUAUAUUAUUAGCGAAAAUUUCCCCAUUGUUUUGAAACGUUAUAAUGGACCACUGGGCUGGAAGAAUGCGGCAAGGGGAAUUUAA